AUGUUUAGAAAAUCUAUCCUCAAAAUAAGAGGUAUUUGCUUAGAGGUUUCCCAAUUAGCAAUUUUUAGUACAAAUUACGUUCAAUCUUUUUCAAGUAUAGAUAUUAAAAAGUAUCACAAAUUCUAAAUGAACUACCUGCAAACUACUUUUAUAGAAAGAUUAACUGAGUUAACUAGUAAAAUAUCUGAAAUUAUAUCUAACUCCUGCAAGAAUUCUCUCUAGGUUUUCACUCAAGUUCAUCAUAUUUCAACAUUAUAAGAGGCAUCUUUUACUUAACAAGCUGUUUUGACUUUCCAAUAUAAAUAGCUAACACAUUUUAUUAGAUUUGUAGAUUUUUUACAUACAGACUCUAAAUCUUGGUUGAUGUGCUAAGGACUGGGAUCUAUUGUUAAAAUGAUUGAUAAUAUGAUACACGGGAGAGAAGUAGGAGGAAAAGUAAAGAUUAAUGGAUUUCUUGAGAAGGAAGAUAAUGGGUGUGAGAAGCUGUAUCCUUCCAGAGAAUUAUAAAAUUAAAUAUUCGAAUCUAUAGUAUAUAAAAGUUGUGAAAUUACUGCUAAUCUUCAUGAAUAUUUUUACAUGCGACCUGAGCUAAAGGAAUACAUGAUAAUUGACUUUUUUGAGAACUAAAGCUAAGACCCCGUUGAAAUGAAGGCAGAACUUCAAUAAAACAUCAAAAGCAGUGUUGAAUACAAGCAAAACUUUAGCGAACUUCAGCAAAUGCUAGAUUUAAAUUACAGAUAAAUUGAAAACAAAUGUGGAGUCAUCCAAACUCUUAGAGAGCUUUAUAAGAAUUAUCAACCUAUUUAGAAUGAUUAACUGGGUAGAUAUGAGGCUUAGGAAUUUUCAGAUUUAUUUAAUGUUUUCUUGCAGGAUAAAAAGGAUUUGUAUGAAAUGGAUAAUCACAUGGACAUAGGAUUUUAUAGUUUAGACCACACAGAAUUAAUUGAGUAGGUCAAAAAUCAGAUGAAUAUUUUUUAUAAGAAUUCUUUUGCUGCAAUCGAAGAAAAAAUAGACCAAAUGGCAUGCUUCUUCUUUGAGAAACUAAAGCAAAAUAAUAAGCUACUUUACAAUUACCCUGAGAAUUUGGAUUAGUUUUACUAAUUCCUUAUUUCCUAUUAAAUCAUUGAAAAGUAAAGAGACGUAGACAAAAGUUUUAUGAGAAGAAUUUAAGAUUUGAGCCAAGUUUGUGUUAAUAAAAAAAUUAUGCUCUCUGGCUAGUUGAAAUAAUUAAUCACUCAGACAAUAUAUUCGUAUGGGGAACUUGAAAAGAAAAUUACAGAAAUUCAAGCAAACAUGGACAGCAUUCAAUUUAAAUACAAGCAGUAGCUUGAGAGAGAAAUCGAAAUCUUUAAAAUUAAAACAAACACUUUCAUAAAUAAGAAUUUAACGUACUUGCAAAUCCACAGAGAUUUGUAAGAUGUUAAUUUUAUCAUGCAAAGACUAAAAGAAGAACUUUAAAAUGAUUAUGACUAGUUAGAUCUAAUUAAGAAAAGUAUACUAGUCACUUACCAGCACUUAGACAUCGAUCCUAAAUAUCACGCAGAUUUCUCAUUUUACUAGGCACAUAAAGUGUUUCUGUCAAAAACAGAAAGGUUUUGGGAAAUAGUAAAAUAUUGGAUAGAUAUUUAGAAUAGUCUACUUAAUCAGCAUUACAAAAUAAUACAAACAGAUUCGUUAAUGCUAGAAAUAGAGGAAGUUCUUGCCUCUAGAUAGAAUAACAUUGUCAAAAUUUUGGAAAUUUAAGAUUACUUGGACUUGGAUGUCUAAAAUAGUGAAGUAGUCAUUUAGCUUUUCUAGUUCUUGCAAAACAUGAGCAAUAUUUUAAAGUUUUGCAACGAAUUAAAGCUUUUAACUUCAAUUGAAGACAAAAAAUCUCAGAUUAAUAAUUAAAUAAACAUAAUACUUAAUAAUUAGCAGUAAAAGCUGUUUCCUGAUCUGGUAAUAAUUCAUUUAUUGAUAGAUUGA